AUGGCCGUCGCCCAAGAAUCACCUUCCAGCACGUCCAUCACCAACGACGACAGAAAAGCAGGCAUUGCCAGCGUACCAAUUCCCGAAGGCGGCGCUGCUCAGGCUGAAGAUGUGACCGGUUGUGUGUCAGAAAAUAGUGAAGAUGGGAGCCUCAAGAGUUAUUUUAGAAUCUUCAGGUACACAGAUCGUAUCGGUUGGUGGACACAUGCAGCAGCUUUAACUUGCAUGAUAGCGUCUGGUGUGCUCCUUCCGUUGAUGGACCUUGUCUUUGGCAAAUUCGUCACUGUCUUCAACAAUUUCAUAAUUGGCAAGAUCACCCCGGCAGAGUUUCGUUCCAGCCUCAACGACUACACACUAUACUUUGUGUAUCUCUUCAUAGCCAAGCUUGUCUUUGUAUACAUUUGGACCACCCUCGCAUCGAUCAACGCCAUCAAGAUCACAAGGUCUCUGAGGAUCGAUUUCCUCAAGCAAACCAUCCGUCAAGAGAUUGCCUUCUUCGACUUACCCGAGGGCGGAUCCAUCUCCAGCCAUGUUACUACCAACGCUAACCUCGUUAACUCGGGAAUAUCAGAGAAACUGGGCCUCGCCAUUCAAGCCAUUGCAACCUUCUUCGCCGCUUUCGUUGUCGCUUUUGCGGUACAAUGGAAGUUGACCCUUAUCACCAUCUGCAUCGUGCCCGUCAUUGUCAUCGUCACCGGUAUCUGUAUGGGCAUUGACGCAAAGCAGGAAAACGAGAUCAUGACCAUCAACUCCCGAGGAUCAAAGCUAGCCGAGGAGGUGUUUGCAAGUGUCAAGACUGCUCAUGCCUUCUGGGCUUUCCCCAAGCUGUCUGGCAAAUAUGCAGCUAUUCUUGAUGAGGCCAAAGCGGUCGGCGCCAGGAAGAGCCUGAAUUAUGCCGUCUUAUUCUCUGUGGAAUUCUUCUGCGUUUACGCUGGAUAUGGCCUUGCUUUCUGGCAGGGUAUCAGAAUGUAUAAGGAGGGAGAGGUGUCAGAGCCGGGACAGAUUGUCACUGUCAUUUUUGCUGUGUUGCUCGCAGCUCAGGCCCUCACCCAGAUUGCUCCACAGUCAGUUGUCAUCUCCAAGGCUGCCGCUGCCGCACACCAGUUGUUCCAGGUCAUCGACCGUGAGUCACAGAUCGACUCGUUGUCGGAAGAGGGCAUCAAACCAGCUGAAUGUCGAGGCGACAUCGAACUCGAUGAUGUCGUUUUCGCUUACCCGUCCAGACCAAACAUCAAAGUGUUGCAGAACUUCAGCCUAACAAUUCCAGCAAACAAGACGACAGCAAUUGUUGGGCCAAGUGGAUCCGGAAAAAGCACCAUAGUUGGCCUGCUUGAACGUUGGUUUUCUCCCUUGGGCGGCACUGUCACCUUGGAUGGUCGGAAUAUCGAAGAGUACAAUCUUCAGUGGCUUCGAACCAACGUCCGACUUGUUCAGCAGGAACCUGUUAUGCUUGAAGGAACCGUCUUCCAAAAUGUCGUAAACGGCCUGGCCGGAACUCCCAUGGCAGAUCUAAGCGACGAAGAGAAGCAGCGACUCGUUGAAGAUGCGUGCCGUGCGGCUUACGCUCAUGAAUUCAUCGAGAAACUACCAGAGGGCUAUCAAACACAAAUCGGCCAGAGAGGCUCCAUGUUGUCAGGAGGCCAGAAGCAAAGGCUCGCCAUUGCCAGGAGUGUCAUUGCGGACCCACGCAUUCUCUUGCUCGAUGAAGCUACAAGUGCCCUUGAUCCGAACGCCGAGAAGAUCGUUCAAAAGGCACUCAACAACGUUGCCGUCGGGAGAACCAUGAUUGUUAUCGCCCACAGACUUUCCACGAUUCGAAACGCUGACAACAUUGUGGUCAUGGCCAAUGGUCGUCUCAUUGAACAGGGCACCCAUGAUCAACUUGUCUCCCUAGGAGGCACCUAUUCACAUCUUGUCCGCGUACAAGAUCUCGGACAGGAACACGACGAUGAUGACGAGCCUCCAAAAGAUAUCAAGGCUGAGGUUGGAGGGGCUGUGAUAACUAACACGCCGUCAAACGUGGUUGAGGCUGUCCCUGAUGUGAGCGCCAUGGAAGAAGGCACUGCAAAGAAAGACGACAUCAACCUUUUGAGAUGCCUUUUCAUCAUCAUACGAGAACAACAAGUACUUUGGCCGGCCUUGGGGUGGGUGGGCAUUUGCUGUCUUGCGGGAGGUGCUACAUAUCCCGCUCUCGCCAUUGUUUUCUCCCGGAUCAUGGAUGCCUUCGCCCUUGAGGGUGAUGAGAUGGUUAAACGAGGGAACUUCUUUUCGCUCAUGUUCUUCGUCAUAGCUCUUGGCAAUCUUGUUGCCUACGCAAUUCUCGGUUGGUUCUGCAACGUUACCGCUCAGCAAAUGGUCCGCUUCUACCGAUACACAAUCUUUGACUGCGUAGUUCGGCAGGACAUGACCUUCUUCGACAAGCCAGGUAACUCUCCAGGCGCUCUGGUUUCCCACUUAUCCAAGGAACCAGAGAGUUUGCACGAACUUUUGUCCAUGAAUCUUGGCGUCAUCGCGAUUGUGGUCGUUAACUUGCUCUCCAGUUGCAUCCUUGCCAUUGUCAUUGGGUGGAAGCUUGGGCUCGUCCUCGUCUUCGGUGCUCUGCCACCGCUUGUCUUUUCGGGGUACCUGAGAAUCCGCUUGGAGAUCAAGCUUGAUGAUGAUACUUCGGAUAGGUUUGCGGACAGCACUGGAAUUGCGUCUGAGGCUAUCAUGGCUAUCCGUACCGUAUCGUCGCUGGCUAUGGAACGGCAGAUUCUUGGCAGAUAUGAGAGCAGUUUGCGCUCUAUCGCGGCGACAUCGGUCAAGAGUCUGACUUGGACAAUGCUUUGGUAUGCCCUAAGCCAGUCGAUCUCCUUUCUGUCGAUGGCACUGGGCUUCUGGUACGGCGGCCGGUUGGUAUCAUACGGAGAGUAUACGGUCACACAGUUCUACACAGUAUUCAUCGCCAUCAUUUUCUCCGGCGAAGCAGCGGCAAUAUUCUUUACUUACACCACUAGCAUCACCAAGGCACAACAUGCUGCAAACUUCAUCUUCCGGCUCAGGGAUUUAGUUCGCUCCGAAAACAAGGACGACCACCCACCAGAUGCCGAAAAGCGAAGCAACGGCGCCGUCUCCAUAGACUGCCAAGCUAUCGAAUUCUCCUACCCUCUUCGUCCCAACGCCCGAGUCCUCAAAGGGGUUUCCGUCAACAUCCCACCAGGCCAGUUCGUCGCCUUCGUCGGUGCAUCCGGCUGCGGCAAAACAAGUUUGAUUUCUCUUCUCGAGCGCUUCUACGAUCCCAGCAGCGGUACCAUCUUCUUUGACGGCGUCGAUUACCAACAAAUCCACCUCGGCCGCUACCGCGCCAACAUUGCACUUGUGCAGCAAGAGCCGGUACUCUACCAAGGAUCGAUAAGAGAAAACAUUGCCAUGGGCGUGAUUGAUGAUGCAGCCAUAUCGGAUGAGGAUAUCCUUGAUGCCUGUCGCCAAGCUAACAUUGACACCUUCAUUGCUUCCUUGCCCGAGGGACUAGCUACCCCCUGCGGAUCACAAGGCCUACAGUUCUCCGGCGGGCAGAGACAAAGGAUUGCUAUUGCGCGGGCGCUGGUUAGGAAACCGAGAUUAUUGCUGUUGGAUGAAGCUACGAGUGCGUUGGAUACGGAGUCGGAGAGGGUGGUGCAGGCCGCGCUUGAUGCUGCUGCUAAGGGCGAGGGCGAAGGAGAUGAAGGAAAGCGGACGACGGUGGCUGUGGCUCAUCGGCUGUCGACAAUCAAGGGCGCCGAUAGAAUCUUUGUGUUUUCGUAUGGACGGAUUGCGGAGGCGGGGACGCAUGAGGAGCUGUUGGAGAGGAGGGGGAUGUAUUAUGAGAUGUGUUUGGGGCAGUCUUUGGAUGGGUGA